AUGCUCUCAUUGUGGGUAGGCGCUAUCCUCCUCGUUGGGUAUAUUGUGGCCCAAGGGAUUCUAUCACCUGUAUCUAAAGUGCCAGGGCCGUGGUAUACCCGCUUCACAAGUUUUUGGAUCAAGUAUCAAGAAUUCACAGCGAACCGACGAGAGUCUGUCCAUCGGCUUCACCAACUAUAUGGCCCCGUCGUCCGUUUGGGCCCCAACGAGGUAUCGUUCACAAGCCUCGAUGCUAUCCGCGAAAUAUACGCCUCCGGAGGUAGUGGCUACGACAAGACGGAGUUCUACUCGCUCUUCAAGCAAUUAAAGACCAAGACCAUGUUUUCCACACUUUGCAAGGAGGAGCACAGCAAGAGGAAACGCCUUUUCGCCGAGCGAUAUGCGAUGACAAAUGUUAUGAAAGCAGAGCCUCUGGCUGCUAUUAACGAGCGAGCGAUGAGUUUUGUCUCCAAGUGUCUAGAAGCUGGCAAACAAAGUGUCGAUGUCUACGUCCUUCUCCACUGCUACGCUGUGGACUGCGUCACACAUUUUAUGUUCAGCCCAGGAGGUCUCAAAUCACUCAAUGUCGAAAAGGACUUUGAGAUCAUGCAGGAGCUCACUUACCACCAAAGUCUUCAAAAGAGUCUUUUGGCAUACUACCUCCCCUCUUGGGAGCCCUACUUUCCAAGUUUCCUCCAUCCACGCAGUGCACCCAAGACCAACCAAUUUGUUCUAGACAUGACUGCCCAAAACCAAGUUAAGGAGUACACUCUCCUGGAAAAGCUCAAGCGAAAAGAAUCCGGCCUCGAACUUAUCCAAGUAGCGGCCGAAUGCAAAGAUCACAUGGCAGCUGGUAUCGACACUACCGGCGAUGGGCUCUGCUUCUUGAUGUGGGAACUCUCACAACCACAUAACAUGGAGUUCCAGAGCAAGUUACAGGAUGAGCUUAAGAAUGCCCCGCCCGAUUCCUCGUUGGAUAGCUUGGUUUAUCUUGACGCGGUAAUCAAGGAGGCUUUGCGUUGUUCUCCGCCAAUUCCGAUGUCUUUGCCGCGUUACGUGCCCGCAGGUGGGAGAUCGAUUGAUGGUUAUUUCAUUCCAGAACACACGAUCGUGAGCUGUCAACCGUAUACGGUUCAUCGAAGCUGUGAAGAGGUAUUCCCAGAGCCAGACAAAUUUUAUCCAGAUCGGUGGCUCGACGAUAAAGGUGCUGCUGAGCGAAACAGGCAUUUCUUUGCCUUUGCAACUGGUGGGAGAGGAUGUACUGGGAAGAAUCUGGCGCUGGUGGAGAUGAAGAUACUUCUCCGGGAGGUUUACUCUCGAUUUACUACCACAGUGGCACCUGAUAUGAAUGGUUCUAUGAAACUGGAUGAUCAGAUUAUCUCGGCGAGGCCAAAGGGACAGACAUGCAAGUUAAUUUUCACCGAGGUUUAA